AUUAACCUUCAAGCGCAGCGGCCAGGACUUCUUGUCUGACCCACAGUGGGACCGCAGACGGAUACGCACCCGUCCAAACAGCUCCCAGCGGCCCACCGCCGCGAUCAGCCUCUUUGGCGGGCGUGACAUCGAGCCGCUGCUAGAGGAAACGCCCCAGAGCACGCCGUCGGUGCGUGAGGCGCCCCCGCCAUCGAUGGGCCUCGGCGAUAUACUGCUCUACGCCUUCUGCGCCUUUAUUGUGGGAGUAUUCGUCUUUAACCUUGUCGAUACCGCCCAGACCGCGAAACGCAAAAUAGCGGCAAAAAAGCAUGAUUAAGCUCCUCCUGAUCACGAGCGCCGUGGCCAUGGCGCCGCGCGCCAGUCGCCCGAAGAAGAUCCGAGGCGUGCGCGAGGACCGCUGGUCCUUCGACGUCCUCACGAAGUGGAAAAAAGAGGGCGAGCACGCGCAGAUCGUGGCCACGGACGCGAGAGGAGAGGUCGGCUGGUUCGAAGUGUUGCGGAGUCGAGGCGGCAACGUCCUCCACGCGCCUCUCAAGGAUGAACCAGUGGUAGAGCGCGCGUUUGGGACCAACGUCAUGACGGAGCCGGAAGUUCGGAGAAAAGGCGUCGCGACGGCGUUGUUCCAUAGAGCGGAGGAGAUCGUCCGCGAGUGGGACCUCCAAGAAUUUCUGUUAACGUGCGUGAAGCACCACGAGCCGUCCUACAAUUUAUAUAGGAAGCUGGGCUUCGAAGAAGUCGAUGCCGAGAUAGCCAAGGACUCGGACUCCGUCAUGAUGCGCAAGUUCGUGCCGACGCCGACGCGUACCGACUGAGUCGUCCUCCCCCCUUUUGUAAGCAAGAUUUGUCCCUCGU